AUGAGUUUGCUACUUGGCUUUAUUUUUCAAGUCUGUUUUAAAGAUCGUAUCCCCAGCCCCAAGUUGGGAGGGCUCUGUCCUUUAGUGCCAUGUUGUUUGAGAUAUGCAAAGGUCAAACCUCAGUCCAUGUCCCUAUCUAGUACCCACAGGUCCCAGCAAACCAAGAUCCCAGAACAUCAGCUAACAGAUGAGUCAUCUCCCACUAGUGGAUCUGAAGAGAGUGAGGAAGACACCAAAGACAAGGAGAAGGCCAUAGACUGUGUCUCAUCCCAAAGAGAAAUUGGCCCAAUCCCAGAAGAAAAUAGCUCAGCUGAUUAA